CCAGACGCCCUCCCUCUCCCUCUCUCUCUCCUCUCUCCCUCUCUCGCUCGCUCUUCUCUCGGCUCCCCCUCCCUCCUCCUCCUCCUCUCCCCAGCCCUCCCUUCCCACGCCCCAGUGCGCUGUGGGAUAGUGGCACUAUAAAGUAUAUCCUCUCUCGGAGAAAGAUAAGAAGCCCGAGACAGGAGGGGGAUGAAGAUGGCGGACGCCAAGCAGAAGAGGAAUGAGCAGUUGAAGCGAUGGCUGGGCUCGGAAACGGACCUGGAGCCUCCUAUUCUGAAAAAGAAGAAGACGAAGGUGAAGUUCGAUGAUGGCGCCGUGUUUCUGGCUGCCUGCUCGAGCGGCGAUACCGAGGAGGUGCUCCGAAUGCUUGACCGGGGCGCUGACAUCAACUACGCCAAUGUAGACGGUCUCACCGCCCUCCACCAGGCCUGCAUAGACGACAAUGUCGACAUGGUGACUUUCCUGGUGGAACAUGGAGCCGGCAUCAACCAGCCUGACAAUGAGGGCUGGAUCCCCCUCCACGCUGCAGCCUCCUGCGGCUACCUAGACAUAGCAGAGUAUCUCAUCAGCCAGGGUGCCAAUGUAGGAGUUGUGAACAGUGAAGGUGAGACGCCUCUGGACAUUGCUGAAGAGGAGGCAAUGGAGGAGCUCCUGCAGAAUGAGAUCAACAGACAAGGCGUGGAUAUAGAGGCAGCCCGGAAAGAGGAGGAGCGGGUCAUGCUGAGGGAUGCCCGGCAGUGGCUCAACAGCGGCCAGAUCCAAGACGUCCGACACGCUAAGUCAGGAGGAACGUCGCUCCAUGUAGCUGCUGCGAAGGGAUACGUCGAGGUUUUAAAGCUUUUAAUCCAGGCAGGAUAUGAUGUAAAUAUUAAGGACUACGAUGGCUGGACUCCUCUACAUGCAGCAUCGCACUGGGGCAAAGAGGAGGCGUGUAGGAUACUGGUGGAGAAUCUAUGUGACAUGGACCUUAUUAAUAAAAUGGGCCAGACAGCUUUUGAUGUAGCAGAUGAAGAUGUUCUGGGUUACUUAGAAGAACUACAAAAGAAACAAAAUCUGCUGAUGAGUGGCAAGAAAGACGUUAAGAAAUCUCCUUUGAUUGAAACAACAACCACCGGGGACAACAACCAAUCACUGAAACCACUCAAGAGCAAAGAAACACUGCUUCUGGAGCCAGAAAAGAGCGCCCCACGCAUCGAGACCUUAGAACCGGAGAAGGUGGAUGAAGAAGAGGAGGGGAAGAAGGACGAGUCGAGCUGCUCCAGUGAAGAAGAGGAGGAUGAAGAUUCGGAGUCGGAGAAUGAAGCAGACAAGAGCAAGCCUUCAGCAUCCGUGAGCAACAGCACGACGCCCACGACGACCAGCAUCACCGUGUCACCUCCAACUAGCCCAACUAACCAGGUGACGACCCCCACUUCUCCAGUAAAGAAGACUGCUCAGCCUGCCGGAAAAGUCCCUGCUAAAGUGACAGAGGAGGAGAGGAAAGACGAGUCUCCAUCGUCGUGGCGGCUGGGUUUGAGGAAGACGGGCAGCUACGGCGCGCUGGCGGAGAUCACAGCUACCAAGGAGGCUCAGAAGGAGAAGGACACGACCGGGGUGAUGCGCUCAGCCUCGAGCCCUCGCCUCUCCUCCUCCCUGGACAACAAAGACAAAGAGAAGGAAAAGGAUAAAGGGACCCGGCUUGCCUAUGUGGCCCCCACCAUCCCCAGGAGACUGGCCAGUACUUCAGACAUUGACGAGAAGGAAAACAGGGACUCUACUGCUCUGAUACGUAGUGGCUCAUACACCCGGCGACGCUGGGAUGACGACCUGAAGAACAGCGAAGGAAGCGCCUCCACCAACCGAACCCCCAGCUACCAGCGCAGCACGUCCCACACGCUAGCACUAGGGCGGAGCGGCAGCACGCGGGACGUGCCAGCCAAGUCUUCGUCCACCUCCAGCUUGGACCCUAACACCUGUAAUACUAAACCCUGGCAGCCACCCACCUCCCACUACCAGUCUUACAGCAUUUACCGCAGCGGCUCUUUUGGCAGAAGGCACGAGGACCUGGGUUCCUCGACCACCUCCUCCUCCACGACCACCACCACCUCCUCAUCUGUUACCUCGCCCACAGGCCAUCGUGGCCUGCUCUCUAGCCUGGGCUCCUCCUCCACCCGCACUGGCUCCACCAGUCUCACCAGCAGGUACUGGUCAGAGGAGAGUGCAGAGAGGGAAAAGGAGAAGGAGAAGGAGUCUGCUGCAGUCAUCCCCACUAUAAACACUGGCUCUACUACGACCACCGCAUCUACCACUACCACCACUGCUACAUCUACCACUACCACCACUGGCAUUGUCACUGGCUCUGAAAGACGCAGGUCAUACCUAACGCCAGUGCGGGACGAGGAGUCAGAAUCCCAGAGGAAAGCUCGCUCCAGACAGGCUCGACAGUCAAGGAGGUCCACCCAGGGUGUGACUCUGACCGACCUGCAAGAGGCUGAGAAAACAAUCGGCAGGAGUCGUCCUGGCACAAAGACCCGGGAGGAGGAGAAGGAGGAGAAAGAGAAACAGGACAAGGAGAAGCAGGAGGAGAAGAAGGAGACGGAGACCAAGGAAGACGAUUACCGAUCGAAGUAUCGCAGCUUUGAAGAGCGCUACCGACCUUCGUCUUCCUCCUCCGCCAUUUCCACAGCCAGCACUGCCUCCACCCCGUCCUACUCUAGCACCUCUUUGUCCUCCAGUUCAAGCUCCCUCAACAGGCCCAACAGUCUGACGGGCAUCACCUCCUCCUAUAGCCGUUCCUCCAGAGAUACAGAAAAAGAAACGGACAGAAAGGACGAGGAGAAGGAGGGAGAGGACAAGUCUCAGCCCCGCUCCAUCCGGGAUCGCAGGCGGCCCCGCGAGAAGAGACGCUCCACUGGGGUCUCCUUCUGGACCCAAGAUGGUGAUGAAAAUGACCCUGACCAGCAGUCCGACUCGGAGGAGGGCAGCACCAAGGGAGAGCCACAGAGUGACAGAUUGUCCAGGAACGAGGUCACUUCAUCCUUAGAUCGCAAUGACACUCUUUCUAGCCGUAGCUACGGUGAGAGUCGGAGGACAUACUCGAGCCGACUGGAUAGAGACGACACCACUGACUAUAAGAAGCUCUACGAGCAGAUCUUAGCUGAGAACGAGAAGUUGAAGGCCCAGUUACGUGACACAGACCUGGAGCUGGCAGACUUGAAGCUACAACUAGAGAAGGCCACACAGAGGCAGGAACGCUAUGCCGACCGAUCACAGCUUGAGAUGGAGAAAAGGGAAAGAAGAGCUCUAGAAAGGAAGAUUUCUGAGAUGGAGGAGGAACUUAAGAUGCUCCCAGACUUGAAAGCAGACAACCAGAGACUAAAGGACGAGAACGGAGCGCUCAUUCGAGUCAUUAGCAAGCUUUCCAAGUAGAACAGAAACCCCCGCCCGCCCGCCAGCCCGCCCGCCCGUCUUCUGCACCCCCCAUGGCAGUGACUAAUGGAAUUGCACAUUUAGAUAUUAAUUGCAACAGACAUCAGAGACAAGACUCCUUGUUUUUCUUUUUUCUUCUUUUUCUCCUCCCUUUUUUGCAACCACCACCACCACCGCAGCAUCCAUCCAUCCAUCCCUCCAUCCAUUCUCCACCUCCCUCCCUCCCUCCCUCCCUCCUCGACUAUAACCCACGUGUGGCUGCUGUCCCCGAUAGAAGUUUACAGAGCAUAAAUAAAAAAGGAGAAAGGGUUGCGUGAUCCGCAUGUUUAAAAGCAUCGUGGGCGGGGAAGCCUGAAAACUAUUUAACCAAUAAGCCUUAGUUGUACAUAAAGAGAAAAAUGCAUCGAUCUCUUCUCUUCUCUCUUCUCUUCUCUCUCGGCUAUCACUGAAGAAGAUAUUAUCCAACACCUGAUUUUUAUUUUAUUUGUGCCACAAUCUCUCUGAUGUUUUUUUUUUUUCUUUUUCUUUUUCUCCUCUUUCUCUCUCUCUUCUUGUGUAAGUGUGCUGUGCUGUUUCCUCCCUUAAAAAAAACAAAACAAAAUGAAAGUGCCACUUCUUCUGCCCUCCUCCUCCUCCUCCUCCUCCUCCUCCUCCUCCUCCUCCUCCUCCUCGGUUAUCACCUAUCUCCUCGUGGCCCCACACGGAUAGAUCACCAACACACACACACACACAUUUAGUGCGAUCUCCCUCCCCCCAUUUUUUUUUCUGUACCUCUGUGUCUUCCUCCAAGAGGGAUUUUUUUUUUCCUUUUUUUUUUUUUGAAUCUCGCUCUAGCGAUAAAAACGAGGCGGACCUGGUGGAAUUUAAGCUUUCACUGUAUGUGCAAUAUGCAUUUCUUUUCUUUUUUUUAAUGCUUUAAUGAUGAGUCCAUCACACACACACACACACACACACACACACAAGUAGGAUUUUUUCACUCUUCCACCGCUUCCAUCGCUCACCUUCCUCCUCCCCCUCUUUUUUUUUUUUUGUUUUGUUUUAAGUUUGUAGUGUAGUCAGUUUAUACUCUGUAUUUCUCACUUUGUUUUAGCAGGUACUGAGUGAUGCUGUAUAUACCUGUAUGUAUUUGUUUGAGACCAGCACAUGGCAUGCGUUUAUGGUUCCCGUCUGUUACUAUUAAAAAGUAUACAAAUUCCAGAGGACAAAAAGGUGUGUUUUAAUUAUUUUAUAGUCUAAAGACAUUGGAUACAGUGCAGUUAGAGGCCUACAGCUGGGUCAGUGUUCAGUGCUUCUUUUUUUUUUUUUUUUUUUCCCCCUUCUUUUUUUUCCAGUUUAAAAAUAAGUGUUCGCAUAAAUUGUGAGAUAUAAGAAAGAAAAAAAAAAAAACAACAGAAUAAUCGCUUCACUACAUUUCACUUUCAUUGUAUUCAGUAUCUUGGAAGAGUGCUGUUAAUUUUGUUUCCAAUUUUUUUUUUUUUUUUUUUUUUUUAAAGCUGUAGUAUUAUAGCUGAGGUGUUGUCACUAAAAAAAGAAAAAAAGAAGAAGAAUAUCUUAGGUAUCGCUAACCCAGUUCCUUUUUUUUUUUUAUGUCUACAUGCACUGUCAAUGCCAUGUGAGGAGUCUUGAUGUCAGGUUUAAAGCAAAAAUCGCCACCAUCGGAUAUUUUCAUGCAUCUGAAGACGUUUUAUGCAUUUCAGUGGCCUUUUUAAGGAUAUUUUAGUCAAAGAAGAAGUAAAAGAAAAAAAAAGUCACUGCAGAUGGACUGAUGGACAUCUGCUCUGGGUUUUUUUUUGUUUGUUUUUUGUUUUUUUUUUCUUUAUUAUUAUUAUUAUUAUUAUAUUUUUUUUCCCGUCAUCUUGUAAAAUAGGUGUGUGGCUUAAUACAUGCAAGCUGUGCUGUGACUACCAACCACUGAAGAGUUCAUUAAAAAUAAACUUGUACAUUGUAAAGUU